AGAGCUCCUCGGAUCAGCAAAGAAAGUCAACGUCAACUUCCAAGACACCGACGGGUUCUCCGCUCUGCACCAUGCGGCACUCAACGGCAACACGGAGCUCAUCGCCCUGCUGCUGGAGGCGCAGGCCGCCGUGGACAUCAAGGACAACAAAGGGAUGCGGCCCUUGCACUACGCAGCCUGGCAAGGCAAGAAGGAGCCCAUGAAGAUGGUGCUCAAGGCGGGCUCCUCGGUGAACAUCCCGUCGGACGAGGGGCAGAUCCCGCUGCACCUGGCGGCGCAGCACGGGCACUACGACGUGUCCGAGAUGCUGCUGCAGCACCAGUCCAACCCCUGCAUCAUGGACAACUCGGGCAAGACGCCGCUCGACUUGGCGUGCGAGUUCGGCCGGGUCGGGGUGGUCCAACUGCUCCUGAACAGCAACAUGUGUGCGGCGCUGCUGGAGCCCAAGCCCGGCGACGCCACCGACCCCAACGGCACCAGCCCCCUGCACCUGGCGGCCAAGAACGGCCACAUCGACAUCAUCCGGCUGCUGCUGCAGGCCGGCAUCGACAUCAACCGGCAGACCAAGGCGGGCACGGCGCUGCACGAGGCGGCCCUGUGCGGCAAGACGGACGUCGUGCGACUGCUGCUCGACAGCGGCAUCAACGCCCACGUGCGCAACACCUACAACCAGACGGCUCUGGACAUCGUCAACCAGUUCACCACCAGCCAGGCCAGCAAGGAGAUCAAGCAGAUGCUGCGGGACGCCUCCGCCGCGCUGCAGGUGCGGGCCGUCAAGGACUAUUGCAACAACUACGACCUGACCAGCCUCAACGUGAAGGCCGGGGAUGUCAUCACGGUGCUGGAGCAGCACGCGGACGGGCGCUGGAAGGGCUGCAUCCACGACAACCGCACCGGCAACGACCGCGUGGGCUACUUCCCCUCCAGCCUCGUGGAAGCCAUUAGCAAGAGAACAGGUUCCCGCGGGGCCGACGCCAGCCCGUCCCACCUGUCGCCCUCGCAGGGUGGCUCGGCCACCGCGCCGCCUCCGGCCGAGGAGAUCUGGGUGCUGCGCAAGCCCUUCGCAGGCGGCGACCGGAGCAGCCUGGGCAGCACGGGCAGCGUGGCCAGCGCGCGCAGCUCGGGCAGCGGGCAGAGCGGCGGCAGCAGCGCGCACGGCCUGCACGCCGGCUCCGAGGGCGUCAAGCUGCUGGCAACGGUCCUUUCCCAGAAGGCUGCCGCGCAGGAGGGCGCCGUGGGCGAUGGGCCGGCCAAGGCGCAGGACGGCCCCGCAGGCUCGUCGCGGACGCAGAGCGUGGCCAGCUCCCCGUACGCGCCGCAGCCCCCGGCCGAGCAGCAGCUGAAGAAGAUGGAGUCGGUGUCGGAGGGGAAGAGCUCGGAGGCCGUCUACCAGUGGCUGUGCAAGUUCCAGCUGCAGCUCUACGCACCCAACUUCAUCAACGCCGGCUACGACAUCACCACCAUCAGCCGCAUGACGCCGGAGGACCUCACGGCCAUCGGUGUCACCAAGCCAGGCCACCGCAAGAAGAUCGCCUCCGAGAUCAACAACCUCAGCAUCCCCGAGUGGCUGCCGGAGUACAAGCCGGCCAACCUGGCCCUGUGGCUCUCCAUGAUCGGCCUGUCCCAGUACUACAAGGUGCUGGUGGAGAACGGAUAUGAGAACAUCGACUUCAUCACGGACAUCACGUGGGAGGACCUGCAGGAGAUCGGCAUCACCAAGCUGGGCCACCAGAAGAAGCUGAUGCUGGCGGUGAAGAAGCUGGCAGAGCUGCAGCGGGCCGAGUUUGGCAAGUACGAGUCGGGGACGCUGAAGAAGAAGGCGCCGCCGUCGUCGCAGGAGGUGUUGGCCAUCGAGUCGCCGCCGCCGGAGCCGCCUGAGUGCCAGUCGCCCAAGAUGACCACCUUCCAGGACAGCGAGCUCAGCAACGAGCUGCAGGUGGCCAUGACGGGCGAGGGCCCCGACGAGCCCCCCGAGAAGCAGCCCAACCACGUGGCCCACGCGCGCGAGGCGCCUGGCUACCGCUCGCCCUCGGGCCGGCACGCGCCCGACAGCGCGCUGGGCAGCCGUGCCAAGCACAUGAGCAGCUCGCAGGAGCUGCUGGGCGACGGCCCCAAGGCACCCAGCGCCGCCAUCUCCAAGAGCCAGGAGUACCUGGCGGAGGAGGCCAAGGAGGGCACCGCGGUGCCGCCCAAGGAGGUGCGGCCGCUGCGGCACGGACACCCCGUGAAGCGCGCGAGCGUGCCGCCGGUGCCCGGCAAGCCGCGGCAGCCCCUGGCGCCCGCGCCCGCGGGGCGCUUCACGCCGCCGCAGACGCCCACGAAGCCGCGUCCCGCCUCGCCGCAGAGCCUGCUGGUGCCCCACGCCACGGCCAAGGUGAAGCCCACGCCGCAGCUGCUGCCGCCCACCGAGCGCCCCAUGUCGCCGCGCUCGCUGCCGCAGUCGCCCACGCACCGCGGCUUCGCCUACGUGCUGCCGCAGCCGGCGGAGGCCGAGGGGCCGCCCGCGCUGCCCACGCCGGUACCGGUGCCGGUGCUGUGCCUGCCGCCGCCCGGCGAGGCCGAGGAGGAGCCGGGGCGGCCCAAGAAGCGGGCGCACAGCCUGAACCGCUACGCCGCCUCCGACAGCGAGCAGGAGCGCGACGAGCUGCUGGUGCCCGACGCGGGGCCCUACGCCACGGUGCAGCGCCGCGUGGGCCGCAGCCACUCGGUGCGCGCGCCCUCGGGCGCCGACAAGAACGUCAACCGCAGCCAGUCCUUCGCCGUGCGCCCCAAGAAGAAGGGGCCGCCGCCGCCGCCGCCCAAGCGCUCCAGCUCGGCCAUGUCCAGCGCCAGCAUGGCCGAGGACUUCCCCAAGGAGGGCGAGGGCGACGCGGCGGGCGGCGACGAGGCCGAGGCCCGGCAGGGCUACCACGAGCAGCGGCGGGCCAGUGACUUGGGGGGCAGCGUGGACACGGGCAGCGCGGGCAGCGUGAAGAGCAUCGCCGCCAUGCUGGAGAUGUCCUCCAUCGGCGGCGGCGCCCGCGCGCUCGCCCUGCAGAAGCCGCCCGGGCCGGCGCCGGCCAAGGCGCCCGACGGCUACUACCUGCAGCCGGGGCCGCCGGCGGGCAGCCCCGAGCAGGCGCGCGUGGCCACCGUCUUGGCCACGGUGAAGCACAAGGAGGCCAUCGGGCUGGACGGGGAGGUGGUGAACCGGCGCCGGACCAUCAGCGGCCCCGUCACCGGGCUCAUCGCCGCCGCGCGCCGCGAGCGCUCCGACAGCGGGCUCCCCUUCGCCGAGGAGGGGGCCCUCACCAUGAAGCCGCGGCCGCGGCUCGCGGGGGUGGCGCGGCCCGAGGCGCCCGAGGGGCUGCCGCUCGCCGCCCGCCCCGGCGACCUGGCCAAGGUGGAGGCCAGCGCCACGCUCAAGCGGCGCAUCCGGGCCAAGCAGAGCCAGCAGGACGGCGUCCGCUUCAUCCUCACCGAGUCGGACACGGUGAAGCGCCGGCCCAAGGCCAAGGAGAAGGAGGCUGCGCCAGAGCCGUCCCCGCUCGCGCUCUACCAGAACGGCACCGGCACUGUGAAGCGGCGGCCGGGCGCCGAGGCGGCGGGCACGGAGCCGCCCUCGCCGCCCGCCGCCGGCCCCGAGCCGGCCCCGCCGCCCGCCGAGCCCAAGCGGCCCUACAAGCCGCCCGUGUCGCCCAAGCCCGUGCUGACGCAGCCCAAAGCGCCCGGCCCCGCGGCGCCCAAGAAGGUGCCCAUCCCCGGCCCCGGCAGCCCAGAGGUGAAGCGGGCGCAGGGCACGCCGCCCCCCGUGUCGCCCAAGCCGGCACCGCCCCCCACGGCGCCCAAGCCGCCCAAGCCGCACGCGGCGCUGCAGUCGGGCAGCGCGGGCUCCACGCCGUCGCCCUCGCCCGCCAAGCAGGCGGGCGCCGCGGGCGCCAAGCCCUCCAGCACGCCGCCCUCGCUCUGCUCCAGCCCUGCCAAGCCGCUCUCGCCCGCCGGCGGCCCCCAGCACGUGCCCGUGAAGCCGCCGCGCUCGGCCAUGGCCGGCGCCGCCGCGGACGCCGCCAGCUCCGACAUGGCGCACCAGAAGCUGGAGGAGACGAGCGCCUCGUUGGCCGCGGCGCUGCAGGCCGUGGAGGAGAAGAUCAAGCAGGAGGAGGAGAGCCAGGCAGCAGACUCCGGCGCCGAGGCCAAGAGCACCGUGAGCAUCCUGGACGACAUCGGCAGCAUGUUCGACGACCUGGCGGACCAGCUGGACGCCAUGCUGGAGUGAGGGGCGCGCGCCCCGGCCACGCUCAGGGCUCGCGGGGCCCCGCCGCACGGCCCGGCCCCACCGCACCUCCCAGCCCUCGGGGUUUGCACAAAGAAGAAGAUACCUCAGGACUGUGCUCACGGGCCCGGCGCCGCGCCGGCCUCCGGCAGGACUCCACUCUGCAGAAGCAAA